AUGAACAGCACCAAACAGUGUCAUGGACGGUCGUAUUUCUCCUUUUCUCUAGCCUCGGUGCCGCUCUUUGACAGUCUACCCUUCACUACGCAAAAGGUACAGACGACUACCAAUAGUCCAUCCUUCUCCAUCUCGCUGGAUGCACUGUGGGAGACUUCGGCCGCCAUCCGACCGAUGUUUAUCCAAGGGUCUCUCAUUGUACCCUCACCGUACCUGCGCAUCCCAUCCACGGCCGAUCAGACACCAUGGACGGUAUGCUUACCUUGCCCCAUCUUGGCUCGCCUGGCAAUGCCGUCCCUAUCGUCUUUCUGUUUCCACGAUCAGCCUGAGGUGUUUAUGAUGCUCUCGAAACUACCGGUCUCCUAA